AUCAGCAGUGCCAGGUCACAGUGCCACGUCACAGUGCCAGAUCAGCAAUGCCACGUCAGCAGUGCCAGGUCACAGUGUCACGUCAGACACAGUGCCACAUAAGCAGUGCCACAUCAGACAGUGCCACGUCAGACAAAGUGCCACGUCAGCAGUGCCAUGUCAGCAACAUGACGGGCCUGCCAGGCCAACUGCCCAACGAGUCCCUUGCAGCCUACAAGCAGCGGUUCCAGGCUCAGAUAGAGGCUGAGGAACAACGCCAGCUAGCACUCGAGGCAGCAGCAGCAGAGCAACUGCAGCUACAGGCCGAUGCAGACGCAGAUGCCCAGGCUCGCCGCAAGGAAGCCCAGGAUCUGCUGCAGCGGCAUGAAGCCAACAGCAUCGACAGACUCAAGUUCUGGCAUUUCGAACCGAACGGCGACGAGGCAACACCGGAAGAGAAGCACAAGGAGUUCCUCUCCAAACUCGUGACGCGGUUGUUGUAUGCUUGCAACUACCAACGGUCAGAGUUGGAGAGACAGUACCAGGACCUGACGCAACAGCAUCAGGAGUUGGCACAACUCCGCCGCAUGGUGCAGAGCCACGAGGAUGCAACUCGGGCACUCAAUGCUCGAUUGCUGGACCUGGAACAGGCUGUACCAGGACCAGCUGCUCGGGCUUCCAGCAGUGCACCCUCUAGCCGCCAACUGGAGGACCGCGUUGACCACGCAGUGGCAAUGCUCGGCGACAUCAGCACUUUCGCUGCGCCGACCACCACCAUCAGCAGUCAGCUGCAUACAUUGAAGACCGAGGUCCAGCAGCUGCAGACGACCAACGCGGAUGGCAACCCUAAGAUGUAUAAGAUGCCAAUCUUCAAUCUGGAGAGGUUCGACGACUACACGCAGCAGGAUCUGGUCCUCUGGUGGGAAGCAUUCACAACGCAACUCAGGAUUCUGCCCGUAGCCAAGUAUGCGUACAUCGGCGCCCUGUUCCUGAACUCAAAGGGCGGAUGCCAAACCUGGUUGAGCCACCUGGCAACCUCCCAACGGCGUCGACGUACCAGACUCGAAGGACCAAAUCACAUGGGAGGAACUGACACGGCUGUGGAAGAAGCGGUUCAUCGUCGACGACGCGCCGGCACUCGCCAUCAACCGCUUGUUCACCAUGUCACAGGGCAACACUGGAACACUGCAACACGGGAUUGGCUCACAGAGUGGCAGAAGAUUGCGGCAGUGCCCAAUCUGGAGCUGCCUUUCACUCAUCUCAGACGUGAGUUCUACAACAGAUCCUGCGCUGCAUUGAGCCAGACUCUUGGUGAUUGCGAGCAGUACUCCACUUUCGCCGAGAUUAUCGACAAGGCGAGAGAGAUCAUCAAGACCAACAGGUCAGCUGCAUACGAUAAGUCACCAUGGCAGCCGACCUAUGUGGAGAAGCUCGGGAAACUGAGCUUCGCGGAAGGUGAGGCGACUCCACCUUCUACUCCGCCAGAUUCGACCGCCUUGCUAGCGGCCUCCUGCACAUCUGGGGAGGAUGCGAAUGUCGCAAGUCCUCGGUAUACUUACGAGGCUUAUGCUGUCCACUUGGUUCCACCGCUGGACCAAUCGCUCCACGUGCAACAGUCCACCGCAUGCACGGUUUCAUCACCAUCGACAACCGAUUCGGCAGCUUCGCCGCAAUCUAUCGCCGGGGAUUCGACGUCAUGGUCAAGACUUGAAGAGCUCGACCCAUUGACGUUCACAGACUUCCAGUGGAUGCCCGUUCCCUCGACCGGACGAUUGCCGAAACCGCAUUGCAACGUGCUUAUGACACAAUUGCGGGACUACUUGCACACUGCAGUACCAGCUCCGUUGAUGGACGCGGGAGUAGAGGUUGUCGACCUUCACGUUUACAUCGCGAAGAUCGACCGCGAGUUCAAGACGCAACGGUACGACGACAUCGACGUACCAUUGCUAUACGUACGCAUUCAGAUUGGAGAGGCAACCUGCAGUGCCUUGAUCGAUUGCGGAGCAUCUCGCAAUUACAUCAGCCAGGACUUCAUGCUACGCGCCGGCUUUGGCCCACGUGUCCGGAGGAAGUCCCAGCCUACGCAAGUCACUCUGGCAGACGGUCAUACGCACAAGUCCAUCGACCGGUGCAUUGACGCCGUCCCAGUGUACUUUGCCCCUCACGCAAGUGAGACGGUGUCCUUUGACAUUCUGAACAUCAAAUUCGACAUGAUCUUGGGCAUGUCAUGGCUGCGAAGCAAGGAUCACCCGGUGAACUUCUUCAACCGCACCGUUCAAGUUCGUGACCGGAACGGAUUACUAGUUCCAUGCACGGUGCCUCUUCCUCAUCCUUCGAUCAGCUGCCACGUGGUAUCCGCCGCAAGCAUGCGAGCUUCCAUCAUCAGAGAUGACAUCGAGGAGAUGGGUGUGUGUUUUCCCCACACCCUCCCGCCCCAUGACGCUUCAUCGACGGACUCACCUUCGGAUCCACGCAUCACCGAACUUCUCGACGCCUACAGCGACGUGUUUGAAGGCCCGCACGGAGUAGUACCGGAUCGACCCAUCCGCCACGAGAUCAUCCUCGAGGACGGGGCCGUACCUCCGCGCUGGAUUCGGCCUAGCUCAUCGCCAUACGGAGCUCCUGUUCUCUUCGUCCGGAAGAAGUACAAGGACCUGCGGUUGUGCAUCGAUGAUCGCAAGCUCAACGCGCAGACGAUCAGGAACGCCGGCCCUCUCCCACGCAUCGACAACCUUCUCGAGCGAUUGGGCGACGCCCAGUUCUUCUCUAAGCUGGAUCUCAAGUCAGGGUACCACCAACUCCAGAUUCGCAAGGAGGAUCGCUACAAGACCGCGUUCAAGACACGGUAUGGGCAUUUCGAAUGGCUGGUCAUGCCAUUUGGCCUUACGAAUGCCCCAACCACUUUCCAAGCGGCUAUGACGACGGAGUUUCGACACAUGCUGGAUCGUUUCGUACUUAUCUACCUCGACGACAUUCUGGUUUACAGCCGGAGUCUGGACGAGCAUGUGGAACACCUGCGCACCGUUUCGGAGCGGCUACGACAGGCCAAGUACAAAGCAAGCCGCGACAAGUGCGAGUUCGCACAGCAGGAGCUGGAGUACUUGGGACACUAUGUGACGCCGCAAGGCAUCUGUCCGCUUGCGGACAAGAUCGAGGCCCUACGAGUAUGGCUCGAGCCCACCAACACCACGGACGUUCGUUCAUUCAUGGGGUUGGCGGGCUACUAUCAGCGAUUCAUCACCGGAUACUCCAGGAUUGCUGCACCUAUGACGAGGUUACAGUCGCCAAAGGUGCCAUUCGUAUUCAAUGACAACGCACGCCGGUCAUUCCAAGGACUUAAGACGGCUAUGCUCAUGGCACCCGUCCUAAGUAUCUAUGACCCCACCCUGUUGACGCGAGUGACUACCGACGCUUCCGGCUGUGGCAUUAGGGCAGUCUUGGAACAGCACGACAACGACGACUGGCACCCUGUGGAGUAUUUCAGCCACAAAGUGCCUCCCAUCAACUCGCUUGAUGAUGCAAGGAAAACGGAGCUGCUCGCAUCCGUGAUGGCUCUCAAGCGCUGGCGGCACUUGCUCCUUGGGCGUCGUAGGUUCACAUGGGUCACAGACAACAAUCCAUUGACCUACUACAAGACGCAGAACACGGUGAGCAGCACGAUCGGACGAUGGAUCUGGGUAUUGUCGUGGCUGUCAACUUCUCCUGUUUCUGCAAGUUACUUGGGACCGGCGAUAGAGUUCCUGGAAGGGCUGUGGCAACCAGUGACGGCGCUUGUGCUCGUAGGGGUAGCCAUCCUUCUGUCUUCGGCACAGGAUCUUGGGAGAGAGAGAGAGAUCACCUACUCCGUCCUCAGAGCUUUUCUCCAGCUCCUAGCCAUCGGAUACAUCCUGGAGGCGAUCUUCUUUCUGAACUCGGUGGUCUGGAUUUUUCUAGAUAUCUGUUUCAUGAUCGCCGUGGCUGCUUAUACUGCUGCACAGCGCGCCAAGAGGGUCCCCCAUAGCUUCCUCAUAGCCCUUACCGCAAUCUCCACAGGCACUGUGACCACUAUAUCGAUGCUCGUCUUGCUGCGCGUCUUCCCCUUCAAGGCCCAGUACCUGAUUCCCACUGCCGGCAUGAUGGUGGGCAGCAGUAUGAGCGUUACUGGGAUGACCCUAAACCAGAUAAGGGAGCAGAUAAAGCAGAACUACGCGCAAGUGGAGGUUGCUUUGGCACUAGGAGCCACGCCCCGCCAGGCUGUGCGCAAUCAGGUCAAAAGGGCUUUCACAGUGGGUCUGGGCCCGUUGCUGGAUAGUGCCAAGACUAUGGGGAUAGUCACAUUGCCAGGGGCGAUGACAGGGCUCAUUCUGGGGGGCACGUCCCCUCUGGAAGCGGUCAAACUUCAAAUCGUCGUAGUCAACUUCCUAGUGGGGACAUCCGCCAUAUCCUCCCUGCUUGCAACGUACCUCACGUGGCCACUCUUCUUCACACCGACGCAACAGUUUCGACCUGGUGCUUUCGAUGACCAUCACACACACAGUACACUCUCCCCCUCCUUGUAGGCAUCAGUAUCGUCGUCAUUACCCCCACCCGGCUCCUUGCCAUCCCCAUU